CUUUUGGAAUGUUGUUUCAUUCUUUGUAACGAAGUUCCAACUAAAACAUUUGAAAUGAAAAUCGUCAUUGCAAUUCUUUUGAUCGCUUGUGUUAUCUCCGUUAUCGAAUCUCAGACAAAUCCUGGUAGUUCAUCAGGAGAAUUGGAUGAUUUGGUAUUGAGUGGACCUGGAGCUGAAAUGAUAGCUAAUCAAGGAAUUCAAAAACGAGAAGCUUGCAAUCGUGACGAUGAUAGUGAUGAUGAUGACGAUGAUGACAGAAGAAGAAAAUAAAUUCCUGAAUCUUGUCUCGACCACUCGCCUAAUCGACAUGGACAAAUCAAUUGAAUUUUGCUUAUUAUUGCACUAAUAUCCAAAAAAGGAAAAUAAAAGUUCACAUGAUUUUAA